AUGAGCACUCAAGACAAAAGGGCUUUUCCAAUUAGGUAUACAAGGAAUCACUCAAGAAGAAAGACGGUACUGGAUGUAGAUCUAAACGUGCCACCCCAAUAUGAUAAUAGGGAUCACGAAGGAACUUCAAGUCGUGUUGUUCCUGGGGAUGUGCCACCUGCACAAAGAGGUGCUUCUUCGACACCUGCCCCAAUUGAUGUUGAGGCACUUGAUGAUGAUGUGAUAAUAAUAUCUUCCCCAAGGGCACUUGCAGAAGCAAAAAACAGCAACAUGAGGACUCAUGGACGGGUUAUUCUUGUUGAUGAGGAUUCUGAGGAUCAUCUGCUUACGUUUAACAGUCGCAACAUGCGCAGAAGAGUCUCAACCAAUCAGUCAACAGUAAUGGGUGACAUUUACAUAAACCUAGAAGCAAAUAGCAGCUUACAGGUAGUCACAGUACAGAGUGCAAUACCACCAAAGCCAAUUCAACCCCCAACACCACCAAAGCCAAUUCAACCCACAUUUAGCUGUCCAGUAUGCAUGGGAACCUUAGUUGAGGAGAUGUCAACAAAAUGUGGUCACAUCUUCUGCAAAGCUUGCAUCAAGGCUUCCAUAGCUGCUCAGGGUAAAUGUCCUACCUGUAGGAGGAAAAUUACCAUGAAAGACACCAUACGGGUGUAUCUUCCUGCCACAAGUUGA